UGUUUACUGGAAAAACUCCUACAGAUUUUACCGUCCCCAAGGAAAAUGCACGAGCAAAAGAAAAAAAAAGACACUGAAGAGUUAAAACAGAAGAAGGGUAGAGAGAGAACCUUCAACUCCGUGUUGAGUAGCAAAAAAAAUCUCGAAUUGCAGGCUGCAGCUGAUGAGUUGCUGACGUGACCCUCUACAAGUUGGGGCUAUCUGCAGACCAAACGGUACCAAGGCUCCAAUUCAAAGUCAAACUGCUAAAACUAUCGAAUAAACUAUCGCAUAUCUCUUGCAAUCUCCACUUAUCUUGGUUUCAUUGACUCUUUAAUAUUCUUUCUUUCUGAUUUUUUGGCUAUCCUUUUCACACCGACACUCUUUGGAAGUCAGUGAUCCGAUCCUCGUCAAUAAACAAUACGAAGAAGCCCCAUUUACAUCAGAAAGCUCCAAGCUUUUGGAUAAAAGUGGUUGGACAAUCCAAGGAUCAAGAUGAAUAGUCCUACUAGAUACGUAGCGAUGUUGUUUUUGCUGAUGCUGCUAGGUUCUUUAUUGGGCUCGAAUGUUGCUUCCGCUCAUAUUGGGAUUCAGCCUUUAUCCAAAAUAGCAAUUCAAAAAACCACUCUUGCUCUUACUGACUCUGCAGCCAUUAAAGCCUCUCCUAUUGCUCUUGGCUUGAAGGGUGAGGACUCUGAAUGGGUAACUGUUCGUUUUAAAAACUCUGCACCCUCUCGGGAUGAUUGGAUCGGAGUAUUCUCCCCAGCAAACUUCAAUGGAUCCAUUUGUUCCUCGGAAAAUCCAAAAGAAGCGACGCCAUAUCUAUGCACGUCCCCCAUAAAGUACCAAUUUGCAAACUUCUCCAGUUCCUCUUAUAUAAAGACGGGUGAAGCUUCAAUCAAGUUCCAGUUGAUCAAUCAGCGAGCCGAUUUCUCCUUCGCAUUGUUUUCAGGCGGUUUGUCAAACCCAAGCUUACUAGCAGUUUCAAACCACAUAACUUUUGCAAAUCCUAAAGCACCUGUCUAUCCCCGCCUUGCUCAAGGAAAGUCUUGGAAUGAAAUGACAGUCACCUGGACAAGUGGCUAUAAUAUUGAUGAAGCCAUUCCAUUUGUUGAGUGGGGAUUGAAGGGUCAGAACCAAAGGCGGUCACCAGCAGGGACACUGACAUUCCAACAAAAUAGCAUGUGUGGUUCACCUGCUAGGACAGUGGGUUGGCGUGAUCCUGGUUUCAUACACACAAGCUUCUUAAAGGACCUGUGGCCAAACACUCUGUAUUCCUACAAAAUGGGUCACCUAUUACCCAAUGGUUCAUAUGUUUGGAGCAAGGUAUACUCGUUUAGAUCAUCACCUUAUCCAGGACAGAACUCAUUACAGCGUGUAAUAAUAUUUGGAGACAUGGGAAAGGGAGAGAGAGAUGGCUCCAAUGAGUACAACAAUUAUCAGCCAGGCUCACUUAAUACCACUGACCAACUGAUUAAGGAUCUCAAUAACAUUGAUAUAGUUUUCCAUAUUGGAGAUAUUACAUAUGCGAAUGGCUAUAUAUCACAGUGGGACCAAUUUACCUCACAGAUUGAACCCAUAGGAUCUAGAGUGCCCUAUAUGAUCGCGAGUGGCAAUCAUGAGCGUGAUUGGCCAGGUACAGGAUCCUUUUAUAAUGGCAUGGACUCUGGAGGAGAAUGUGGUGUGCUUGCUCAGAACAUGUUCUUUGUCCCUGCCGAAAAUAGAGAAAAGUUUUGGUAUUCAACCGAUUUUGGCAUGUUUCACUUUUGCAUAGCAGAUAGUGAGCAUGACUGGAGGGAGGGAUCUGAACAGUAUAGGUUCAUUGAGAAAUGCCUGGCAUCAGUGGACAGGCAAAAGCAGCCUUGGCUAAUAUUUGCUGCUCAUCGGGUCCUUGGUUAUUCUUCAGACAAAUAUUAUGGCAUCGAAGGCUCAUUUGAAGAACCCAUGGGACGGGAAAGCUUGCAGAAGCUCUGGCAGAAGUAUAAGGUGGAUAUUGCCUUCUAUGGCCAUGUUCAUAACUAUGAAAGGACCUGCCCAGUUUACCAGAAUCAGUGCGUGAAAUCCGGGAGGUCGCACUACUCUGGGGUUGUGAAUGGCACGAUCCAUGUGGUGGUUGGAGGCGGAGGAGCACAUUUGUCUGAGUUUACCACGGUUAACACCAGUUGGAGCCUGUAUAAGGAUUACGACUGGGGAUUCAUCAAGCUCACCUCAUCUAACCACUCCUCUCUUCUUUUCGAGUACAAGAAGAGCAGAGAUGGAAAGGUUUAUGAUUCCUUUACGAUAUCAAGGGACUACACGGAUGUCUUGGCGUGUGUUCAUGAUGGUUGUGAAGCAACCACUUUGGCAUAUUGAAUUAAACAGGUUUACGGAAGGGGUCAUUUUGUAGAUUGAUUUACAAAAUAAGCCUCUUUUACAGCAUGUUGCUGCCAAAUGUUUUACAGAAUAAUCCCAAUUACAUUCUCUUUUUCCUUA